GCACCAGCCAAGUUGCACAAUAUUCGAAGACUUUUUCAGUCUUAUAUCGUUUUACCAAAAAAAUACAUCUCAGUCUGGUCGUAAGAAAAAGCGCAAUGACUAUCAGGGUGUGUGCAAGUUCGUCAAAUCCGCCUUUGGCUGCACUGUUAACUGCUGAGGCUGUGAAAGAAACCGUUAAUGUCGCAGUGGAAUGGGGGCAGACUACGAUGGUUAGACUGAAUGAUGACUUCACAUUCAAUACUACUGCAUCCAUCUGUCGCUAUUUGGCACGCCGUGCAACAUCGUUGAAACUCUAUGGCUGUAACAGUUUGCAAGCUACAGAGGUGGAUCAUUGGUUUGACUUCAGCGUUGGUCGUCUUGGAUGCCCAGCAGAGUACAGUGAUGCCAUCCAAUACCUGAAUAAAGUUUUAAGUCUCAGAACGUACUUAGUCGGCGAAUCACUGUCUUUAGCUGACUUUGCUGUGUGGGGUGUACUAAGGUCUAAUGGUGAAUGGUUGGCAGCUGUACAAAAGAAAGAGGGUCCCGCUCAUGUAACAAGAUGGUACAAGUUUCUCUGUAGUCAAGAGCUGUUCAAGUCUGUUGAGAAUUCAUCACCAAAAUUAACAACCGCCUCCAGUGGUAAAACUUCAUCUACCAAUAGUGGUAAGAAAGAAGAUGCCGGUAAGUUUGUUGAACUCCCAGGUGCUGAGGAAGGCAAAGUGGUUGUUCGAUUCCCACCGGAAGCUAGUGGAUAUCUUCACAUUGGUCAUGCCAAGGCUGCGUUAUUGAAUCAGUACUACCAGGUGAACUUCAAAGGUAUUCUCAUCAUGAGGUUUGAUGACACCAAUCCUGCGAAGGAAAGCUCAGAGUUUGAACAGGUUAUUCUUGGUGACAUCAAGAUGCUGGGACUGAAACCUGACAGGUUCACUCACACAUCAGAUCACUUUGAUACGUUACUGAAGUACGCCGAACAGAUGAUUAACGAGGGUACAGCGUAUGUCGAUGACACUGAUCCCGAAACGAUGAAAUUAGAAAGAGAACAACGUCAGGCAUCUAAGAACAGGUCUAAUUCUGUUGAGAAGAACCUUGAGAUGUGGAAAGAGAUGGUGAAGGGCAGCGAGUAUGGACAGAAGUGUGUAGUGCGUGCCAUGUUAGAUAUGAGCUCUGACAAUGGCUGCAUGAGAGAUCCAACUCUGUACAGGUGUAAAAAUGAAGUCCACGUCAGAACGGGGACCAAAUACAAAGUAUAUCCAACCUAUGACUUUGCUUGCCCAAUUGUGGACAGUAUCGAAGAUGUCACCCAUGCGCUGCGUACCACAGAGUAUCAUGACAGAGACGAGCAGUACUAUUGGUUAUUAGAUCAACUGAAGAUGAGGAAACCUUACAUCUGGGAAUACAGUCGAUUAAAUCUACAGAACACUGUGUUAUCAAAGAGAAGACUGACAUACUUUGUUAAUGAGGGUUACGUAGAUGGAUGGGAUGAUCCAAGAUUUCCCACUGUGAGAGGGGUUCUGAGGAGGGGUAUGACUGUGGAGGGACUCAAACAGUUCAUGGUGGCCCAGGGCGGCUCUCGUUCUGUUGUCAUGAUGGAAUGGGAUAAGCUAUGGAGUUUCAAUCGCAAAGUGAUCGAUCCGAAUGCACCUCGUUUUGUUGCACUCAAGAAAGAUGAAAUAGUACCUGUACUUGUUGCUGGUGCUAAAGAAGAGGUUAAAGAUGUGCCAAAACAUCCAAAGAAUGCAGAUAUCGGUGAUAAAAAGGUUUACUUUAGUAGCAAAGUUUUCAUUGAAGGAGCCGAUGCAGCCACGCUGUCUGAAGAAGAAAUUGUUACAUUCAUUAAUUGGGGAAACAUCAUUAUUAAAACAAUUACCAAGGAUGAUUCUGGUAAGGUAACGUCCAUUGGUGCCAAGCUGAAUCUGGAGAAUACAGAUUAUAAGAAAACUACCAAGUUGACUUGGUUAGCUGAGAAUUCUGAAGGUGUAUUCACACCGACCACUGUGGUUAACUUUGAUCAUAUCAUUACUAAGCCAAUCUUAGGUAAAGAUGAAGACUUCAAGCAAUAUAUAGGAAAGAAUACUAGGACAGAGACUGUCAUGCUGGGUGAUCCGGAAUUGGCAUUCUUAAAAAAAGGUGAUAUUAUACAGCUGCAGAGGAGAGGUUUCUUUAUUUGUGACCAGCCAUAUGAGCCUUCCAGUCGAUAUAGUGGACGUGAGAGUCCGUGUAUUCUCUUCAACAUUCCUGAUGGCCAUCAGAAAGAAAUGCCGACUGCUGGUUCCAAGGACAAGUCUAAACAAACCGCCAAGCAGGAAAAGGGCAAGAAAAAGAACAAGGGUGAGGAAAAGACGACAACAUCACCAAGCGGUGGUGCCAACGCUGCAGAUAUAGAAGUAGUGAUUAAUAAAAUAACAACCCAAGGUGAUUUGGUUAGGAAGUUGAAAUCUGAUAAAGCGGACAAGGCUACUAUUGAUGCAGCAGUGAAGGAAUUACUUGGUCUGAAAGCUCAGUACAAGACACUGACAGGAAUAGACUAUAAACCUGGAGCUGCACCUCCUGUAACUAAAGCUGCCCCUCCUGUGAAUAGUGGAGUCUCCCCAGCUGAUAUUGAGGCAAUAAUCAAUAAAAUCACUACACAGGGAGAUCAGGUCAGGAAGCUAAAAUCAGAGAAAGCUGAAAAGGCUACUAUUGAUGCAGCAGUGAAGGAAUUACUUGGUCUGAAAGCACAGUAUAAGACACUGACAGGAAUAGACUAUAAACCUGGAGCUGCACCUCCUGUAACUAAAGCUGCCCCUCCUGUGAAUAGUGGAGCCUCCCCAGCUGAUAUUGAGGCAAUAAUCAAUAAAAUCACUACACAGGGAGAUCAAGUCAGAAAGCUAAAAUCAGAGAAAGCUGAAAAGGCUACUAUUGAUGCAGCAGUGAAGGAAUUACUUGGUCUGAAAGCACAGUAUAAGACACUGACAGGAAUAGACUAUAAACCUGGAGCUGCCCCUCCUGCAACUAAAGCUGCCCCUCCUGCAAAUAGUGGAGCAUCCCCAGCUGAUAUUGAGGCAAUAAUCAAUAAAAUCACUACACAGGGAGAUCAAGUCAGGAAGCUAAAAUCAGAGAAAGCUGAAAAGGAAACUGUGGAUGCAGCAGUCAAAGUGUUAUUAAGUUUGAAAUCGGAAUACAAGUCACUAACAGGACAGGAUUAUAAACCAGGAGCUAAACCACCACCAUCAUCAGCAGCAGCAGCAGGCACUACAUCAAAACCAGUGGACCCCGCUCAGUUAGAUGCACUUGUCAGCAAAAUUACCAAUCAAGGAGAUAAAGUCAGGAUGAUGAAGAGUCAGAAAGCUAGCAAGAACGAUAUUGAUGCUGCUGUUAAGGAACUUCUAAGUUUGAAAGCAGAAUACAAAGCCAUGUCUGGUGAAGAAUACAAGCCAGGUGGCAGCAGUAGCAAGAAAGUUGGGGAAAAGAGCAAGCCUGUCUCCGAGCCUAACCCAGUCAGCGAAGACCCUAAAGUUGUCGAGAUUGUGAAUAAAAUUACGGCUCAGGGUGAUAAAGUUAGAGGGCUCAAGUCCAGUAAGGCACCCAAGGAGGAAGUUGAUGCUGAAGUAAAGACUCUGUUGAGUUUGAAAGGCGAGUACAAAGAGAAAACCGGUAAAGAAUUCAAACCAGCAGGAGGUGCAGCCGGAGGAAGAAGAGAUCAAAAAGAUAAACAGAAGAAAACCAAAGAAAAAGAAAAUAAAGAAAAGCCCAAGGUAGAAAGUGCUGCAGAAGCUGGUAAAAAACAGACACGGCUUGGGUUAGAAGCCAAAAAGAAUGAGAAUCUGGCCGAGUGGUAUUCACAGAUCAUCACGAAGUCUGAGAUGAUAGAAUACUAUGAUGUCAGUGGCUGUUACAUCCUCCGACCAUGGGCCUACAGCAUAUGGGAAGUUAUCAAAGACUUUUUUGACACUAAAAUAAAGGAGCUUGGAGUGGAGAACUGUUACUUUCCGAUGUUUGUGUCUCAUGCUGCUUUAGAAAGAGAGAAAACACACAUUGCAGACUUUGCUCCUGAGGUUGCCUGGGUAACAAAAUCAGGUUCUUCUGAUUUAGCAGAGCCAAUUGCUGUUCGUCCAACCAGUGAGACAGUUAUAUAUCCAGCAUAUGCAAAGUGGGUGCAGUCACAUAGAGAUCUACCAAUCAAACUAAACCAGUGGUGUAAUGUUGUGAGAUGGGAGUUCAAACAUCCUCAACCAUUCCUGAGAACUCGGGAGUUCUUGUGGCAGGAAGGUCACACAGCGUGGGCGAAUGCAGAAGAUGCCCAGGAAGAGGUUAUUACUAUUUUAGAAUUGUACGCACGUGUCUACGAGGAAUUGCUGGCUAUUCCUGUCAUCAGGGGAAGGAAAACUGAGAAGGAGAAGUUCGCUGGCGGUGAUUACACAACAACCGUUGAGGCGUUUAUAUCAGCAAGUGGAAGGGCUAUUCAGGGUGCAACAUCACAUCAUCUUGGUCAGAAUUUCUCAAAGAUGUUUGAUAUUACGUUUGAAGACCCAUCACAGCCAAGCAAACAUCAGUUUGUUUAUCAGAAUUCAUGGGGUUUAACCACACGUACUAUUGGUGUACUAUGCAUGGUACAUGGUGAUGACCAGGGUUUAGUGCUGCCACCCAGAGUGGCUACUAUACAGAUUGUAAUUGUACCUUGUGGCAUCACUGUCGACAUGUCAGAUGUGGAUAAGAACGCCCUUCUCGAUAAAUGUCAGGAGUACGUCAAACUAUUCAAAUCGACCGGAAUGAAAUGCAAAGGAGACUAUCGGGAUAACUAUUCACCUGGAUGGAAAUUCAACCAUUGGGAGUUGAAGGGUGUACCUUUGCGUAUUGAAGUUGGACCACGUGACAUGAAAAAGAAACAGUUUGUAGCCGUACGUCGUGAUACUGGUGAGAAGACCACAUAUCCAGAAGAUGGCGCCGCAGCCAAAAUUCGUUCGUUGUUGGACAAUAUUCAGAGUUCCCUGUAUGACAAAGCCAAUACUGAUCUGAACAACCAUGUUAAAGUCACUACAGAUUGGAAUGAGUUCUACGCACUUCUUGAUGAGAAGAAUAUCAUCAUGUCGCCGUUCUGUGGUGAAGGUGCAUGUGAAGAAAAGAUCAAGAAGGAGAGUGCGAGGGAUCAGGAUUUAGAACCGGGUGCGCCGUCCAUGGGAGCCAAGUCGUUGUGUUUUCCAUUCAAGCAACCAGCGGAAAUCACUUCUACUACCAAGUGUAUUCACCCAGACUGUAAUAAUAAGCCACUUAAGUACUGCUUGUUUGGACGCAGCUACUAACAAACCAAUAAAAUUCCCCAAUGUGUUCUUCACUGAUGCUGGAAUUUUCACUCAACCACAUAUUACAUGACACCCUAAGUCCUUCCUGUUUGAUUCAAUGACUUACAGUACACCUUAACUCACUGAUCUUAAAAAGCUAUAUGACAAAAUAUUCGGUGAAGUUUAUUUACUGACUUGAUUUCAUAGAAUCGAUCCAUCUGAAAGUAAGAUUUAACUGAAUAUACAUUGUAUUUAAUGCUGAUAUACUGAAAAUCUUGUAUGUAAUAAUUUACAUGAGAUAAAUAACCUUCAUGCAUGACCUCCAAAAGGUCUUACAUCCUUGUACUUUCUGUAAAUCCACUAUCAAUGAGAAUUUCUUGAUUACUGUUAAAUACCUUUUUUUAGCUGGAAUUAAUUUUCAAUGAAAAGGCUUUUUGGGUGUUUUGUAUGGAAUUUAUCGCAGAUUUUUUGAUGAUUUGAAUGUGAAAUAUAGGAAAAAAUGUAUACCGGUAUUCGCUAGAUUUUAUUUUUACUGAAGCACGCCUUCAGCGAAAAUAGCAGAAAUAAAGUAUUCAGGUCCCCCUCAGUGCAUGCAGUUGUCAUUGAAAUUCAGAAACAACCAACAAAAAUAUUGCAUAUCUUAAAAAUAUUUAGAAUAUCUCCAGAAAGUGUCAGGUUGUAUAACCUUUAGGAGUCAUUCAUGAGGCUUAUCAAACACUACAUGAAAAGUACAAAUAAUGAUAAUAAAUUGAAAUACAAUUCCAUUGAA